CGUGACGCUUUGAUCUGUCGGCUCGUCGAUCUAUCAUUAAUUUGUAUCUGAUAUCUCGAACGAGUGACGUCAUCCGACCAUUUCGCUAGCAACCCAUCAUGGCUGCAAUUGCAAUGCUACCGAUGCCGCUACGUGCAUCCAGACAAUGCACCCGCUUAAACUGCCUAGUCAUAUCCUCGCCGUUGGUCUCUCUUCCUCUUUCACGGAGGGGAUGGGUGGGCUUGUCGGCAAAAGAAGCUCGCGACUUCUCAACGGUCACAUUGGCUAGUCGCUCGAGAAUCCAGACGAGCUCAUUGCGAAAGAGGACCAGUGUGGUUUGCGCCCUAGAGUCACGGAUCAUUGGCCAACAAAAGAGAUACUCUGCCCAGAAGCCGACCGAUCCUAGUCCUCAAAGCUCUCCGCCUGCGCCUAAGAAGCCUACCAUUCUCUCAAAGCUCCCCAACCGCACUCACGAGAACAUCUACACCGUCCCCAACAUCCUCACUUUCACCCGUCUCCUUGCCGCGCCUCUGGUAGGAUACUUCCUCGUCCACGACCACCAUGUCGCCGCCCUGGGUCUCUUCGCCUACGCCGGUGUUACGGAUCUGGUGGAUGGCUGGAUCGCAAGACGGUGGAACCUGCAGACAGUCGUCGGAACCAUCAUUGACCCCAUGGCCGACAAGCUACUCAUGACCAUCGGAGUCGCCUGCCUGGCUGUGAAUGGCUCAAUCCCAGUCUGGCUCGCCGUCAUCAUCCUCGGUCGCGACGUUGGACUCGCCAUCUCCGCUAUCUACUACCGGUGGAUCUCCCUCCCGCCCCCGAAGACCAUGGCCCGGUACUGGGAUUUCUCCCUCCCAUCCGCCGAGGUGAAGCCCACCACCGUCUCCAAGAUCAACACCGCCCUGCAGCUGCUGCUCGUCGGAAGCGCCAUCGCGCUCCCCGUCCUCCCCGAGACUGUCAUCAGUGCCUGGCAUCUGAAUGAGGCGAUGACCGGAUUCCAAUACCUCGUCGCCGCAACAACCCUCUGGUCCGGCCUCAGCUACGUCUUUUCUCGUGAUGCGGUCAAGAUUCUUACCAAGGAGGAGAUCCAGAAGCGCAUUUCUCGCGCUGCUGCUACUAACACUGCCGGGAAGAAGCCUUGAUUUCGGGUUGGGUUAGGUUUGGUUGGGUGGGUAGAGAGGUAAGGGA